AAAGGUCAACUUCGCAAACUUUCCGCACAGUGGAUUGAGUUUUGGCACUUCGACGAGAUGAUAUUACACGAUCAGUGCCCACUGUUGGAGGAGCUGCGAUUCAUGUCGAGCUUUGAGAUCGAAGGCAUGCCACGAAAGUGGUUCGCCGCAGGGGCUCUAUGCGGACUUCGGGUUCUCGAAGUGCAAGAAUUCUACUUCGAGGAAGGGGAAGAGAUUCUUCGGGGUGCAGUAACGGAAUACCGCUCGUCCAUGGCAGACGCUCUCGUCAUCGCCAUAGCCAAAGGAUGCCCUCAGCUUUCUGUUUUGUUGCUGAAUGGUCUUCACACAGGGAUAACGGACAAGGCGGUGCGUGGAAUCGAGCAGUUUCUGCCAAGGCUGGAGAGGCUGGGAAUAUGUGGCAGUUCCAUCACCGAUGGGGGAUUGGCUUUGAUCGGGAAGAAACUCGAAAGUCUGCGUGAGCUAAGGGUACAGUACUGUACACUCAUGACGGCGCGGGGGGUCCUGGAGUUGGCGGCCGAACGCGAGGAUCUAGUGGUUAUUGGGCAGGUCGGUCCUGUGGGUUAUCUUCCGAAUCGUAUGUGUGACGACGAUGAUUGGUGCGGUGUAUGCUGGUGGGCAGACUAAUAUGCUGCCUGUGGAUUUGGCCAUACCAUAAUUACUCUGAUAAGUAUGACGUGGAGUGCUGGGAGGCAGGGAUGCUGGUGGGCAGAGUUAUAUGCUAAGUGGGUGAACUGCUGACAUACCUGUCUCUCAUAUUCCAAUCGUUGAUGUUAAUGACACGAGAGAUUGGUUGAAUUCGGAGAUCCUUGAUUAAUAUGAAUGCUUUCGGAGCUCCUUGAUUAAUAAUAUGAAUGCGGGUACGUGCCAUGAGUUAUGGUAACUGCGCAGGGGCCAUGCUGAGGGCGUGGUUGAUAUCGAUAAAACUGGCAUGGCAGU